AUCGUCCUCGAGAGACGUCUGAUCAGAACACCACAAAUUUGUGUCAACAUGGCACAAGUUAUUUCAAAUUCGGGUCAUGAUGACAUGAUCCACGAUGCGGUCCUCGACUAUUAUGGUCGCCGCCUGGCAACCUGCUCCUCCGACCGAACCGUCAAGAUCUUCGAAGUAGAAGGAGAGACACACCGUCUGACCGAGACUCUCAGGGGACACGAAGGCGCAGUCUGGUCCGUCUCCUGGGCGCACCCUAAAUACGGAAACAUCCUCGCCAGCGCCUCCUAUGAUGGGAAGGUCUUUAUCUGGCGUGAGACGAACUCCCAGUGGACGCGCAUCUACGAUUUCGCGCUGCACACCGCCUCCGUCAACACACUUUCAUGGGCCCCGCAUGAAUCUGGUUGCUUACUUGCCUGCGCUUCCUCGGACGGCAAUGUAUCAGUGUUGGAAUUUAAGGAUAACAGCAUGGACCACAAGAUCUUCCAUGCACACGGAAUAGGAGUCAAUGGUGUAAGCUGGGCGCCAUCAACGAGCGCCGGGUCACUGGUCUCCGCUGCCGGGGGCCAAACCGGAGGGGGCCAAAGAAGAUUCGUGACAGGUGGUUCAGAUAAUGUGUUGAAGAUUUGGGCGUGGGAUGCUGCGAGCCAGAGUUACAAGCAGGAAGGGGAGCCGCUGACGGGACACAGCGACUGGGUUCGAGAUGUGGCCUGGAGCCCGAGCGUCUUGCAGAGGAGUUACGUUGCGAGUGCGAGUCAGGAUAAGACGGUCAGGAUUUGGACAAGCGAUCCUAGCAAUCCGAAUGUCUGGAGCAGCAAAGUUCUUCAAUUCGAGACAGUCGUCUGGCGCGUAAGCUGGUCAUUAAGCGGCAACGUCCUGGCCGUCUCAGCAGGCGACAACAAAGUCUCUCUCUGGAAGGAGAAUCUACGGGGCGAGUGGGAAUGCGUGAAGAGUAUCGAGGAGUAA